AUGGAUCACUACCACUCCCGUUUGGCGGCAUGCAGCGUUGGAGACGAUGAACGCAUGUUCACUAUCACGGGCAGUCUGGCAAGAAGGUCUUUUCAGGGUGGUCAUGGAGGCACACAUAGAGAAUAUGCGACAACGGCUUACCAAUACAUGGAGAAGCAUUCUGACAAGGAACUUGCCGGACUCGUCCCAAAGUACUACGGGUCCUGGACAUUCCGGCUCGUCACGGCUGGCGGGCCUCCCCUCGAGCGCUGGGUGCGCAUGAUACUUGUCGAUUAUGUCAAAGGCCAGACCAUGUUGGAUAUUAUCGACCGAGCUACUCGCGACGAAAAAAUCCAGUACGAUCUGUUACCAAACGAUCAUGACCGUCUCCUCGUGAUCAAAAACGUGAUCGAGGCUGAACUGGCCGUCGUAGGAAUCCAACUAUAUGAUCCUCAUCCAAGGAACGUUAUUGUCAAGGGCGACUGCAGCAUAACAUUGACCGACUUCAAUCGUGCCUCUGGCCGUCCCACACGUACUGAGGAGUUACUUCUUCCUCCAUGGUCGCCCAUCUCGCGAUACUGGGACCUUGAGGAGUUCGCAGAGGAAGGAGGCGGUCUCCAACAUAACCACUCGUUCCUUGUCAAUUACCGGGAAUUUAAGAGCUUCGCAGACCUGCUUGAGCGUUGCUACAAAGAACCUGGCACCGACCAUGCCGUGCCCACCACAAUCAUCGAUUACCGCCAGCUAUCCGCUUACCCGAGAACACUCCUCCCGCCUCAAGAUGGCCCCCGGCCCGAGUCUCAGCACAGCCCGCCGCCGUCAAUGCAGUGGAAAGAGGAUGAGGCGAUGAUCGUUCUUCCGCCUCUGAGAAACAUCCCGCAUUUUCCCGGGCACUACGGUAUUGUAGGAGCCGCGAUUCAAGACGCCGUAACGGAUAAUGUUAUAGGCGAUCAAGAGGUUUCCAAGGUCGUCGAGACAUGUUGGGAGUUCUCUGAGGCGGUCCGCAAGAAGGUAGACCAGGACUGGAAGGCCAACGCACGUGCGUUGACAAUCGACGGCCGGGCUCUUGGUGAUGCCAUCAAAAUGACUGCGGAAGGCGACGAUGAUGCUGAGCCCACCUUACAUUCGGAUAUUAAUCUUCUUGCCGGUCAGUCAUUCUACUUCCGCAUCUGCACAAGAGCGACUACUAACCAAUGA